UCGAAGAAGAAAUCACGAUAACCAGUACCAUACGUACGUACCGUACGUAUCAGUACUACGGCGUUGAACACAGAAUCCGAAAAAGAAUCCUUUCUCAAAAGCGAUGAUAUCCAACAAAUAAACUCACAAAAAAAUAACAGCCGACACUUGAACACUUCCAACACCAACUCUCCCCCUCUACCAACUAUCGCUCCACAGCCUCUACAAUGAUCUCCAUCCGCAGCAGCACAUCCAGAUCAAUCCUCGUCCUCCUCUUGGCCGCCAUCAUGGUGGCAACGUCCCUCGCCCAGCCGGGAGGUUCCUCCGGUAACCUGGCCCCUCCGCGAAACGGGCCCUGCCCCGCGAACAUGCCCGCCGCGACCGACGAUUGCUCUCCCACGGGUGGAUACACCUCGUGUUUCUACCUGAACAUCAUUUGCAAGUGCAACAUUUCGGGUCCCUGGGUGUGCGACACCGUGCCCAUCGGGYUCAAGGAGAACAACGAGACCGAUGUCGAAGACCUCGACAUUGUGGGCGGCGACGAAUCCUUUGACCAAGACGGCUUUGACGGCGAGAUCGAUGGCCUAGAUGCGAGCCGCGCCGCUGCCACGGGUUCGUCCCUUGCUCUUCUUUUUGCUUUGGUUUCCAUGGGCGCAAGCGUUUUCGGUCUGUAGUGGAAAUUCGCCGGGAUGUGAUGUGAUGUGAUGUGAUGGGACACCGAAGGACAAUAUACGUCACUAUUAAUGCACAAUUUUACCAUGGGRCACUAGAACUAUGCUACUGAAGUUACGCGACAACGUGAUAAUGCGAUAUUUUGAAAGUWGUUUUCAUUGCGAUGCCGUAAUUGCCAGUAAUGGAUAUUGUGCACGGGAAAUUCGUGAAGCCAAGCCAAAAAUUGCCUCUUCCAGUUCCAGGGAAAGUAAAAGCUUUUUUGGAUUUACACUUGUUAUUUCUAAGCUUUUAGUGCUGGUGGAGAGAKUGGGUCUUAUAUUUGUUAUCAUUCCAAUGCAACAGCUAACCGUGACCAUACUACUAUUCAAAAAGAUUUGGGGGCUGAUGGUUUCACAUCUUAACUCCGGUACUACUACUACUAGCAGUAAUGCCACUAGUAGUUUUACCAUUAAUAGAAAAUGUUAGCAGAG